GCUGCUUGAUGUGAAACUUGUUUUACUACUUUAGUUUUCAGAAUUGCAAGCAAUUUAUGUCAUGAUUGUCCGUUAGCCUAGUUCCACAGCAUACUGUUUAAAUAUAUAAUUUCACGAAAUCGUUGCACAGUAGCCAAAGAAGAGAGCACACCGACUUGCCCAGCCAGUGAUGUUGCCGCUUAGACUGAGAGCUGUACAAACGCUGUGUGCACACUGUCGCAGUCUCAAAACUACAGCGCCAUUGGCUGUAGCAGCACCUGAAGUAAAGCAGUUCCACUAUCAGGAUGUGUUCGAACAGGAGAAGAAACCAGAUUUGCAGUGGAAAAAGCUCACAAGUGACUUUGUGUCAACAUUUGACGUCAAAGGCAAGAAGGUUCUCAGUAUUGAACCACAAGCCUUGACCUUGCUGGCAGAAAAGGCUAUGAUCGACAUUGCGCAUCUGUUGCGACCAGCGCAUUUGCAGCAACUUUCGAACAUACUGAAGGACCCGGAGUCAUCCAGCAAUGACAAGUUUGUGGCGUUGGAGCUGCUGAAAAAUGCCAACGUAGCAGCAGGCAUGGUGCUGCCUGGAUGUCAGGAUACUGGCACAGCUAUUUGUAUUGGAAAGAAAGGCCAGUAUGUAUGGACAAAGGGACGAGAUGAAGAAGCCAUUUCUAAAGGGAUUUAUAACACGUACACGAAAACAAAUCUCCGCUAUUCACAGGUAGCACCACUGGACAUGUACACUGAGGUAAACACAAAGACAAACUUGCCUGCUCAGAUAGAAUUGUAUGCCACCGAUUCCAGCCAGUAUGACUUUCUGUUCCUCGCCAAAGGUGGCGGAUCAGCUAACAAGACGUUUCUCUACCAACAGACCAAGGCGUUGCUUAACCCCGAACGUCUACUGACAUUUGUAGAUGAAAAAAUAAAGACUCUCGGCACUGCUGCCUGUCCUCCGUAUCAUCUAGCUCUCGUCAUCGGAGGCAUGUCGGCAGAACUGACCUUGAAAACAGUCAAACUGGCCUCGUGUAAAUACCUGGAUAACCUCGCUACAUCAGGUAAUGAGCACGGCCGAGCGUUCCGGGAUCUUGACCUGGAGCAGCAGAUUCACAAGAUGACCCAGAAGAUGGGGAUUGGGGCGCAGUUCGGCGGCAAGUAUUUCUGUCACGAUGUGCGCGUGAUUCGCCUGCCUAGACAUGGCGCGUCCUGCCCAGUCGGAAUCGGUGUGUCCUGCUCCGCAGAUAGACAGGCACUGGGGAAGAUUACUGAUGAAGGUGUGUUUCUGGAGCAGCUGGAGGUGAACCCGAUCAAAUACCUGCCUGAAGUUGAGGACAAGGAUCUCGGGGGUGACGUUGUCCAGAUUAACUUGAACAAGCCAAUGCAGGAGGUGCUGAAGGAACUGAACAAAUAUCCAACGAAGACGAGACUCAGCCUGACCGGCACAUUGGUGGUUGCUCGGGACAUUGCUCAUGCCAAGCUGAAGGAAAGACUCGCUAAGGGGGAAGGUCUGCCGCAGUAUAUAAAAGAUCACCCCGUUUAUUAUGCUGGACCUGCCAAAACACCAGAGGGAUAUGCCAGUGGUUCAUUCGGACCUACGACAGCAGGGAGAAUGGAUUCCUAUGUUGAUGAAUUCCAGGCAGCCGGAGGCAGUAUGAUCAUGUUAGCAAAAGGAAAUCGAAGCAAGCAGGUGACGAAGGCUUGCAAGUCUCACGGAGGAUUCUAUCUGGGUUCAAUCGGUGGACCGGCUGCCAUUUUGGCUCAGAACUGUAUCAAGAAAGUGGAGGUGUUAGAAUAUCCAGAACUAGGAAUGGAGGCAAUUUGGCGAGUAGAGGUUGAAAAUUUCCCAGCAUUUAUUGUUGUUGACAACAAGGGCAAUGAUUUCUUCGCUAAAUGGCAAGUUGAGUAGAGAUCAUAAAACCCAACAUCAAAGGAAUCUCUGAAAAAUGAACUAAAUAACGGGUAACUGCACGAAUCAAUUUGUUUGAUUGAAAACUUCCAGACUAAGAAAGAAGACACAGCAUGUAACUAAAAUCAAUCAAAGAUGAUGUUAUGAAUCGGUUAAUACUUACAGAGAGGUCGAACAUUUCCCCAGCAUAAAUUGCAGUCUCACAUGUUUAUCUUAUAACAUUGUUUCCUAAUGCAAAAUACAAACACAUCUGCUGUGUUGGUAAAAUUGGGUAUUUUUUGCUAUUCAUGUAGGCCUACAUAGACGUUUUACAACACAAUUCUUGAUUUAUGACAAUUCUACUUGCUGAAUUUGAAUAUGUCCAAGUUUGUUUUUAUUGUUGUUGAUAGCAAGGUAGUAGCAUCUUAUCGUGUGGUAUGGUUAAAAAGUCUCAGAAAAAUGUCAAUUGGAAGACUUCUGUGAUAAACUGGUAUUUAAUUAAGUUAACACAGAAAAGAACUGAAUGGGAGAUUGGUUUAUGCAUCUGUCUGUGCAUGGUUUGGUUUUCAGAACCUCAGGAUCAUGAAAUUAAGUUUACCCAAAUAUAUCAACUUUUAUGUUUCCUUUAAAUUGAAAAACAGAAAAACAACAACAUUGACCUCAGAAAGAUGUGCCUAUUGCUUGCAAUAGGUUUUUAAACUAGUCUUCGUUACAUUGGGCUCUUCUAAACAUGAUCACGGGACUUUAGCUGUUGGUAUUCAACUAUUGGAACUAAUUUUGCAUCUUGCCCAUUCCUUCUUUUUGUUUUUUCUUCUAUUUUUGGGGGGAUAUCAUUAGUGGGACAGUCCUUUGUUCUCUGCUUUGAGGCCUCAUAUCUUUUUGGCGAUUCAAAUACGAGAGGCUUAAUCCUCACACUUAUUUUCAGAUACACUUGGUUUACAAUGGAUGGUUGAUCAUUUAAAAAUUACUUUGCAUGCAAAAUCAUUCAUAUCAAACAGAUUUUGAGCAGAGAUUAAAUCUGACUCAUUAAAGAGACAUAUCCUAGUUUUUAAACACUAAGGCAUAUUUUUUACUAUUAUAGCCGUUUUUGAUAACUGGAAUCAUACUCUACUUAGAUUUUAUGGUUUAGAUUAUCAAUUUCCAUACAUUCGAAGUGU